AUGACUCCUUCUUAUUGCCUAUCUUCUGCAAGAAACACCAUCACACCAGAAGCAUUUCUUCCCCGUAAUUCUCAUCUCUAUCUCCCAAAGCACCGCUCUUUUUCCUUUUCAACUGAAACCUACUUCCCAAGGAAAGAGACAAACUUUCUCAGGCCCCAAACACCACUGCCCAAGUCUUUUCUCCCCAUUUUGAGGCUAAACAACUCGAAAAUCACACACCCUUUUGCCAGUUUAUCUUCUUUUGCAGAAGCGGAAGGUGAAAAACAGCAAAACCAAGAUGCCGAAGCUGAAGAACAUCACGAGAAUACAAAAAUAGAGGACCAAGCUGAGUCGCCUGGAAUGGCUCAGGCCUUCCACAUAUCUUCCCGCACAGCUUCAGCCAUUUCCAUAUGCAUAGUAUUUGCAGCUCUGAGUCUUCCAUUUUUCAUGAAGUCUCUGUGGCAAGGCAUGGCCUUGAAGACCAAGAUGUUGUCUUAUGCAACGCUGUUGUUUGGUUUCUACAUGGCUUGGAAUAUUGGAGCCAAUGACGUGGCCAAUGCCAUGGGGACUUCGGUGGGUUCAGGAGCAUUGACGCUAAGGCAGGCUGUUGUAACUGCUGCAGUGUUGGAAUUCUCAGGAGCAUUUUUUAUGGGGACUCAUGUGACAAGCACAAUGCAAAAGGGCAUUCUUGUUGCUAAUGUGUUUCAGGGCAAAGACACUCUGCUCUUUGCUGGCUUGCUUUCUUCGCUUGCUGCUGCUGGUACUUGGUUGCAGGUUGCAUCAUAUUAUGGCUGGCCUGUCUCAACAACGCACUGUAUAGUGGGAUCGAUGGUUGGGUUUGGACUUGUCUAUGGGGGAGCAGGUGCCGUCUUCUGGAGCUCAUUGGCAAGAGUGAUUUCUUCAUGGGUUAUCUCACCGUUCAUGGGAGCACUGAUGUCCUUUCUUGUAUACAAAUGCAUUCGUAGGUUUGUGUAUAGUGCUCCAAAUCCUGGACAAGCUGCAGCUGCAGCAGCACCAAUUGCUGUACUCAUGGGAGUGAGUGGAAUCUCAUUUGCAGCCUUUCCUCUUGGAGAAAGCUUGGCUUUGGCUCUGGCCCGGGCUCUGGCCUGUGGAAUUGCAGGUGCGGUCCUUGUGUACAGAAUUAUCCGAAAGCAGCUAGGUCAUCUCCUCCUCAAGUCCGCAUCAUCAGAAGCAGAGCAAAAAGAGGGUACCAUCCACCAAAAAAACAUUGGGUUUCUCUCUGAUAUUGCAGGUCCAACGGGUACCCAGUUGGAAAUAGUAUAUGGGGUCUUUGGAUACAUGCAAAUCCUCUCAGCCUGCUUCAUGUCAUUUGCCCAUGGUGGGAAUGAUGUCUCCAAUGCAAUAGGUCCUUUGGCUGCUGCAUUAUCUAUUCUUCAUGGCGGUGCCAGUGGAGCUGAGAUUGUUAUUCCAACUGAUGUUCUAGCAUGGGGAGGAUUUGGAAUUGUAGCAGGUCUCACUAUGUGGGGGUAUAGGGUAAUAGCAACAAUUGGGAAGAAGAUUACAGAACUGACACCAACUAGAGGAUUUGCAGCUGAGUUUGCUGCAGCCUCUGUGGUUCUAUUUGCAUCAAAGCUGGGACUACCAAUCUCUGCAACUCAUACUCUGGUGGGUGCAGUCAUGGGGGUGGGAUUUGCAAGGGGGCUUAAUAGAGUUAGAGCAGAAACAGUGAGGGAAAUUGUGGCUUCUUGGGCUGUGACAAUUCCAGCUGGUGCUUUCUUUUCUGUUGUCUACACAUGGAUCCUUACCAAGCUUUUGUCUUAUAUUUUGUGA